UUAGCCCCUUCAAAAGUAUUUCCAAAUAGGCCCCCACCUUCUUGGCUAUCUCUUAGAUUGUCAUUUGUAUAAAUAAAUAAAUAAAAAUUAUUGUUGUUGAAAUAUGUUAAUCAAAUUUUGAUUGUGUUAUGGGCAUAACAUGUCGCACCAUAUCCAAAAAUGAAACAAGAUAGAAACUAUUUAAGGGAAAAACGAAAGAAGAAAAAAAAAAAACAAUAGAGGGCUUGAGCUUGACAAGCUGAGGCCGUUAUCUUCCCGCGAAACACAUUUCCUGGCCCCCAGUCACCACUUCACACAGUUCACCCUUUUCUCCCAAGUCAAGUAGUACCAUAGCUAAAAUGGCCUCAAUCUCAGCCGUCGGGUCUCCACCCCGACCGCUGUCUUCUUCACCUGUCGGAAAAUCUUCACACCCGGUACGUCGUUUUGCGCUUACCUUCUCUCUGAUGCGCCAGAGACAGCGCCGACCUCAAUCUCUUCUUGUUCCGGAACCGGAGAAAUUUUCUGAUUCAGGUGCAGUCGGUGGAAGUAAUCCUAUUGAACGAAGAAGUUUUGUCUUUUCAUCCAUUGGAAUAGUAGCUGCAGCCUUUUGCAAUGCUUCAAAAGAUGGAGUAGCCCUGGCAUCUCAAUUUGCUGACAUGCCAGCACUUCGGGGAAAGGACUAUGGCAAGUCAAAAAUGAGUUAUCCAGACUACACAGAAACUGCAUCAGGUCUUCAGUAUAAGGACUUACGACUAGGAGAUGGCCCCAAACCCAAGGUGGGAGAGACAGUAGUGGUUGAUUGGGAUGGUUACACCAUAGGAUAUUAUGGACGUAUCUUUGAAGCUCGAAAUAAGACAAAGGGUGGUUCAUUUGAGGGUGAUGACAAGGCCUUUUUCAAAUUUAGAGUAGGAUCUCAGGAGGUAAUACCAGCUUUUGAGGAAGCUGUUUCAGGCAUGGCUCUUGGUGGCAUUAGAAGGAUCAUAGUGCCCCCAGAGUUGGGAUAUCCUGAGAAUGACUACAACAAAAGUGGACCGAGACCCACAACAUUUUCGGGCCAACGAGCCUUGGAUUUUGUGCUGAGGAACCAGGGGCUGAUAGACAAGACUCUUCUGUUUGAUAUUGAGCUCAUCAAGAUCAUACCCAACUGAAUUUCCUUUGAAAUUCAACAUUUUUCACAGGAAUUACUUAGCUGGCUAUAAAGAAUGCGGCUUAUUUAUCAUGAGUUUAUUAUUCAGGAUGCCAGAAGAUAUUGGUUAGCUGAGAAAAGCCGGUUUCUUUGAUUAUAUACCAUAAUCUCGAGGGAGAAGAUUUCUUUCCAUGAAGCCAAGAGUUGAAAUGAAAAUGUGUGGCAAGUAGCUAAUUGUCUCAAGCCUGUCUUCUCUCUCUCUCUCUCUCUCUCUCUCUCUCUCUCUCUCUCUCUCUCUCUGUGAUAAGCUUUUUGUAAUCUUUACUUUUCAAGUAUUUCAUGCAGUACAUCUGUAUAGUGAAACAUUAAAUUGAAUCACCUAAGCUGGCAUUGUGGCAUUUUGUGGAGACUGGACCUGUUUUUCUUUGAGGUGCAGCGCCUGUGCUGUUUUCCUCUUUGUUUUCUCUUCGUAAUGGAUGUGUUUUCAACCCAAAAAAGAAAAGAAAAAAAGCUGGCAUUGUGGUGCAUCAACUGCUCCUCUACAUAUAGCAAAUUUUUUUUUCGAAGAUAAGAGAAAACUAAAAACAACUGCCGCAAGUCCAUGAAACUGGAGUAAAUCUGAAGUCAUGUCAGAAGCUACAAUCUUCAUCAUAAAUAUGACACUAAACAAGACAUAAUCCAGUAAAAGUACGCAUCAUCAACAUUUAAUUGUAAAACGGGGAAGAAAAUCAACACAUAUAAGAAGAGGGGGCAAAACAUCCUAGAGAACAAUAAUUUAAACCUGCUGACCACCUCUCA